AACCUAGUCCCAGGAGAACAACAGCACCAGUUGCAGAAUUCAGGUCUUAAGCAGAAGCGUGGACAUUGAUACAUAAUUGAAUCACGCAAUGGCUUUUUCUGCAAAGUGGCUUUUACUUUAUUUACCACUAAUCUGUUUCUUCAAGUGGACAAUUAUUUCAGCUUUUAACCUUGACACGGAAAAUGUUUUCAGGAAAAACGGAGAGCCGGGCAGCUUGUUUGGCUUUUCUCUCGCCAUGCACAGGCAACUAAAUCCUUCUGAUCAAAGAAUAUUGCUUGUUGGAGCACCUAAAGCUAAAUCUUUAUCCAAUCAAAAGGCCAACAUAACUGGUGGUUUGUACAGCUGUCACCUUAACACGCAACAAGAUGACUGUAAGCGCGUCAUGUUUGACAAUGACGUUAACCCAUUAGAAGAGAACAAGGAAAACCAGUGGAUGGGUGUGACAGUGCAAAGUCAGGGACCAGGUGGAAAGAUUGUGACCUGUGCACAUCGGUACGAGAAGCGGCAGUUUGUAAAUACACCACAAGAAUCCAGAGACAUCAUUGGCCGCUGCUAUGUCCUGAGUGAAGACCUGACCAUUCAGGAUGAGAUGGACGGGGGCGGCUGGAAGUUCUGUGAUGGUCGAUUGCGGGGGCAUGAGAGGUUUGGCUCUUGUCAGCAGGGUCUAUCAGCAACUUUCACAAAGGACUAUCAUUAUAUUAUUUUUGGAGCACCAGGCACCUACAACUGGAAAGGGUUUGUGCGAGUAGAGCAAAGGAACAAUACUCUUGUGGAUUUAGGAAUCUUGGAAGAUGGUCCCUAUGAAGUUGGGGAUGAGACCCGUUUUGAUGAAAACCUGGUGCCUGUGCCAGCUAACAGUUACCUAGGAUUUUCAUUGGACUCUGGGACAGGCAUCACUCAUAAAGAAAGUAUAACAUUUGUGUCUGGUGCACCAAGAGCCAAUCACAGUGGAGCAGUGGUGUUUCUAAAGAAAGACGGGCAGUUCUCCAGAAGUCUUAGUCCAGAGUACAUUCUUGAAGGAGAGGGACUUGCUUCUUCUUUUGGAUAUGAUGUGGCUGUAGUUGACCUCAACAGUGAUGGAUGGAAAGAUAUUGUUGUUGGAGCGCCUCAGUUUUUUGUCCGUGAUGGAGAGAUCGGUGGAGCAGUUUAUGUCUACAUCAAUAUCGCUGGGAAAUGGGAGGACGUCAAACCAACCCGUCUGAAUGGUACCAGAGACUCAAUGUUUGGACUAGCUGUUGAAAACAUUGGGGACGUUAAUCAGGAUGGAUUUGAAGAUAUUGCAGUUGGCGCACCUUAUGAUGGUGUUUCAGGAAAGGUGUUCAUUUACCACGGAUCCAAAAGUGGAAUUAACACCAAAGCAGCACAGAUUCUUGAUGGCCAGGACUUUGGUAUUAAGUUUUUUGGAUACUCGUUGGCUGGGAAUAUGGAUCUUGAUGGGAAUUCUUAUCCUGAUAUUGCUGUUGGAUCACUCUCGGAUGCCCUGUUUGUUUUCAGGGCAAAGCCAGUCGUAAGCAUAAAGAAAACAAUUGAAGCAACUCCUGCCAGAAUCGACCUUGAAAAAAAAAACUGCCUUGGUGGCAAAAGUAUUUGUAUGUCUGUUGAAGCAUGCUUUGAGUACACUGCCAACCCCAGUGACUACAGCCCUCGACUAACUAUUGCAUACACAUUUGAAGCUGAAUCUGAGAGGAAAAAAAUUAACCUGCCGUCAAGAGUAACCUUUUUAAAUAACGCGCCAGGAGACCCAGACUAUCAGCAGACAGGAUCUCUGGAUCUGAGGGGACAAAAUAAGAAAAAAUGUGUCAAAGCUGAACUUAAGCUGCAGGAUAACAUAAAAGACAAACUGCGUGCUGUUCCCAUAACGGUUGCUGUUGAAAUUAAACAGGCAAGACGCAAGAGAAGACAAGCUGGCAAACUCUUGCCUCUUGUCCCAGUCCUAAACUCUAAUGAUCCCAGCACUGCACGAUCAGAGGUAAACUUUCUGAAAGAAGGUUGUGGCUCAGAUAAUAUCUGUCAGAGCAAGUUGAAGCUAGAGUACAAGUUCUGUUCCAGAGAUGACAAUGACAACUUUACUCCAUUAAAUGUGGAGGAUGGUUUGCCAGUAAUAGCUCUGAGUCAACAGAAAGACAUUGCCCUUGAAAUAACUGUGACCAAUGUGGCUGGGGAUGAUGCACACGAAGCCAAACUCAUAGCAAUGUUUCCCGACACCCUAUCCUACUCUGCUUUCCGCCAUAGUUCAGACAAGCAGCUCAUUUGCAGUGCCAAUCAGAAUGGGUCUCGGGCUGACUGCGAACUGGGAAACCCCUUCAAGAGAGAUUCUAAAGUUACUUUCUAUGUGAUCUUGAGUACAACUCGUGUUAAUCUUGAUACUACAGAUAUUGCAAUCGACCUAAAGCUUGACACGACAAGUGACCAGAAGGAUUUGGCUCCAGUCACAGCGAAAGCUCGAGUCGUUAUUGAACUUCUUCUCUCUGUGUCGGGUGUAGCUAAGCCUUCCCAGGUCUACUUUGGAGGUUCUGUGAAGGGAGAGGCUGCCAUGAAGAUGGAAGAUGAAGUUGGAAGUUUAGUUGAAUAUGAAUUCAGAAUUAUUAACUUGGGAAAACCACUGAAAUCGUUGGGUGCCGCCUAUCUAGACAUUCAGUGGCCAAAAGAGAUCAGCAAUGGCAAAUGGUUACUGUAUUUGAUGAAGAUCGAGACCAAGCAUCUGGAUAACGUACCCUGCACCCCUACAAAUGAAAUAAACCCAAGAAGGCUGCUGGAUUCUGUCAGUUCCUCAAGGAAAAAGCGUGACACUGGGGGAAAGCAGACAGAAGAAAAAGUGUCCCUCUUAUCAGACAAAAGAAAAUACCUCACUCUGGAUUGUGGGAAGAAUGUUAACUGUGUGAACAUCAGGUGCCCCCUACAGGGAUUAGACAGCAAUGCAGAAGUGGUCUUGCGAUCAAGACUGUGGAACAGCACAUUCCUGGAGGACUAUUCAAAACUGAACUACCUUGAUAUUAUUGUUAAAGCAAGUAUCAACAUUAUUGCCACCAAGAAUAUGGUCAUUAGAAAUGCUGACACUCAGGUUCGAGUGACAGUAUUUCCAGAGAAAACUGUGGCGCAGUACACUGGAGUUCCCUGGUGGAUCAUACUUGUUGCGAUUCUUGCUGGGAUCCUGAUGUUGGCACUGCUGGUGUUUUUAUUGUGGAAGUGUGGAUUUUUCAAACGGUCCAAGUAUGCCGACAGUGUUCCAAGUUACAGUGCUGUGCGAAUUCGAAAAGAGGAGCGUCAAUUUAAAGAUGGAAAAUCAAAAGAUAAAUAUGAGAAAAAGCAGUGGAAAACCACCUGGAAUGAAAACGAAAGCUACUCUUGAAGCAACUUCUUGUUGUUGGUUUUAAUAGUGCUGUGGGAAAUGUAAUAUUUAAUUGGGUCGCCUCUCUCCUUUCACAACAGUGAGAAUUGCAUUUCCUAGAAUCAAGGUUCUUUCCUUUCCACAGGAUGAACAUGUGAAUCUGUACAUUGUGCGUAUGUAUAAAACUAUUGAAGCCUUAUUUCAGAACUUUUAAAUUGCCCUUACUUUGCAGCUUGUUUAGAUAUUUUACAGACUUAAACCUUCUUUAUAAAGAAAUCAGUCAUACUAAAGUCCCCAUCUCAGUGCAUGGUUAUGGGGUAUUUUACGUUACACCUUUUGUAACCUACUAUUAACAUUUAUGUACAUUUCAAUCCAAGACAUGGUCCUUUUAAACUGUGCAAUAGCUGAGUAUGUCAUGCGGUGGUCCAGAGUAAUCUUCCUUGUGUGUGUGUGUGUGUGUGUGGCUAUUAUCAGCUAUAGUGGCCGGCGAACCUUGCUUCAUUAUUUUUUUGUCUGUGUAUUAACUGCAAAGCUUUUUAACCUUUCUGUGGUUGAUGCUUUACAGUUGUGUUUAUAUCUAUAUGCAUAUACAGUGAUCCCUCGCUAUAACGUGGGUCUCGGGGGACACACAAUAUGAGCAUUGUAACUGACGAGUGUUAUAAACAGGGGAGGGGCAGGAGGUGGAGGGUGCCGCGGGACACCAGAACAACCAUCUGACUAAAAUACAAAAUAAAAUAACUCUAAUAGUGCAUGCAUAGUGAAACAAACAUUGAAGUUUCCGUGAAUUAACCAUGCAUAAAGCACCAUGUAAUCAACGCUAUAUUUUUUUUUCAAAAGAAAAAAAAAAGGUA